CCAAUAUGGCCGGGCAGCAGCGGCUGUCUGCAUUGCGUUAACGCAAGGGCCCUUCUACCGUUAAGGGAGGGAUUUUAAUAUAAUUUUAAUAUGUCGGACUACUUCAAGUCCGCGCUGGGCUACCUGAACGGCGCCGGCACUUCGAACGAGUAUGUCGGACAAACCUUGGAGAUCAACAAUGUGAAGCUUCGAGUGAACAGGCUACUCGCGGAGGGUGGCUGGGCUUUAGUGUUUGCAGUAGAAGAUAUUGCCACGGGGAAAGAAUAUGCCCUUAAGAGACUCAUUGCUACCGAUGAAGAAGCUAAUAGGAAUGUUAUUCAAGAAAUAGAGAUAUUAAAGAAACUUUCAGGCCACCCAAACGUAAUUCAGUAUUUAUGUGCUCAGCGGGUGGAGAGAGAAGAUCGUAAAGGCUAUGAAUAUUUGUUAGUUACCGAACUAUGUCCAGGAGGAACAGUUGCAGACAUUUUGCGUAGUACAUCUGUUAACUCCUUGACCCUUGCCCAAGUUUGUAAAAUAGCGUAUCAAGCAACAAAAGCGGUUCAUCAUAUGCACAGUCAGCAACCUCAACCUUUUGUUCACCGUGACAUUAAGCUAGAAAACUUUUUAAUCGGAAGUGACGGUUUGAUCAAGCUGUGUGAUUUUGGAAGUACAACUACCCAGCAGAUAUUACCAGAUCCAUCAUGGAAUGCUCAGAAACGUUCAACUUUGGAAGACCAGAUGGCAAAGUACACAACUCCGAUGUAUCGAGCGCCAGAAAUGAUGGACACCUGGAAUAAUGAACCGAUAGGACCUCCUGCCGAUUGUUGGGCGCUUGGAUGUAUUUUGUAUGCCUUAGUUAGUUUACGGCAUCCAUUUCCUGAAGGUAAUAAGUUAGGAAUUGUCAAUGCGAGAUACCCUCCAUUGCCACCGAACCCACGACUUGGAUGUCUCCAUGACUUAGUGAAAGGCUGUCUGCAAGCUUCACCGACCGAAAGAUUGACAACAGCGACGCUCUUAGAAAGACUAGCUGCAAUAGCGGAAUCAAAUAACUUCGAUCCUAGGGAGCCAGCAAAAGUAGAAAUCGUUAAACCCGCUCCACCUCCGAGACCAACGUCGCCAUCUCCGUCGCACAGGACAACGGCACCUCCUCCUCGACCGAAUCCCCCAGCUGCAAUGGCUCCACCAAGACCUCCUGCAGUUCAUCCACCGAUGCCUAAACACGUUGCAGCCCCUUCGUCGGGUCUGUUCAGUUCCUUGAAAGGUGGUGCGGGCAGUAUUUUAAGAAAUCUGAAAGACACAUCAAGCAAAAUGAUGCACUCCGUGCAACAAAGCAUGGCCAGGACCGAGUUGGACGCUAGUUACUUAACCUCUCGAAUAUUAAUCAUGCCCUAUCCAGCAGACGGGAUAGAGUCUGCAUAUCGAGCUAACCAUGUCGAAGAUGUUAGGGCCUUUCUUCAGACUCGACAUCCGCCCCCUGCCAAGAUUCAACUUUAUAAUCUAUCACGAGGACGGCCAAAUGUCUCCAGACUUCCUGGAAGGCAUAUCGAUUGCUCCUUUGCCUACGCUUCGCCUGAUGCUAAUGCUCCCAUGCUUUCGGCUCUUUAUCAAAUUUGUCAGGACAUGUAUCAAUAUCUAGAUGCUGACUUCAAUAACGUCGUUGUGCUUUACUGUUCGGAUGGCUAUCGAGCUAGUGCAACGGUGGCUUGUGCCCUGCUUCUUUAUUCUGGAGCAUUGACGUCCGUUGAAGAGGCAGUUACCCUGUAUACAACCAGACGGUGUCAGCCACCCCAAUUGCAGCCAUCAGAACUGCGUAUUAUCAAUUACAUGAGCUUCCUAAUUUGCGGAGUACAUCCACAUCCAAGACCAUUGGUGCUUCGUUCCUUGCUCCUACAACCGGUACCUCUGUUCACGAAGGCGAGGGAUGGUUGCCGGCCCUAUGUCGAGGUCUACAGCAACGGCGCCUUGGUAUUCUCCACGAAACGCGCGGAGUAUGAGGAGAUGAAGCUCUUCGGCAUGAUGGAGGGCAAGGUUUGCCUUAUCCUGGGAGAUGCGACAGUACGGGGCGACGUUACAAUCGUCGUCUUUCACGCCCGCCAACAGCUGGGUCGAGUGAUUGGCAUUAAGAUCGCCUCGACGUACUUUCACACGGGUUACGUGCCCUUAACGGAGAGCACUCUGGUAUUCGAGAAGCAAGAGCUAGACGAUACCCCGGAGGUGGGAGGGAAAUUCAGGAUGGUGCUAAACGUCAUGAUAGGAGAGGAAUCCACGAAGACAUCGGGACCUCCUGCCCCCUGGGAGGCACGGUCUCCGAAGCCCGGUCCGGACCCUCUCUUUGGAUCGACCCUGGAGAUGGAGGAAACCCUGGAGAACUUCCGAUCCGCUGGUCAACCUCGCGAAGCGAAUGUCACCGAACAGGCGCCACCAGUUCCGGAGUCAAAACCGGAGGAUAUGUCGCUCCCUCAGCCGUUGCCCGAAGAAAAUGUCCAAGAGCGACAGGAGAGAGAAGCCGAGACAAAAAGGUUUGCGGAAGCGGACCUGCUCAACCUUGGUUCUUCGAGUUUGAACGCUACCUCGGAAACCCCCUCACCAGCUCCUGGGUUGGACAUAUUCUCUGGCCCUGAGCCCAGUACAAACGAUCUUCUAGGCGGAUUCGCUGCGUUCCAAUCGGAAGAGGCGAAGAACACCGAUCGAGCUCCGGACGACUUGAGAACGAACGACCUUCUGUUCGGCCACGAGCAGCCUGCCGGGAAUACGGUCAAGGGCAACAAUGCCAAUAAUGCCAACAACGUCAAUGUCAAUGAUUUACUCUUCGGGCAAAGUCAUCCGACCGAGAGCAAGAGUAACGACUUCCUUUUCGAUCCCCUGGCAGGAAGCGGAGGGAACGACCUCUUGGGCGGAUGGGCCAACUCGAAGACCUCCCUGAACGCGCCCAACGUGGAGGAGAACUUCCCGCGAAACGCGAGCGUGCCGAAUUUCGCGGCCCAGAGCAAAGACCCCUUUGCAAAUCUUGCCGGUUCCCUGGGAGCUGGAUUGAAUUCCAGCUGGAACGGAACCCCUAGGGACUCCAACACUCCACAGUCGGCCAGCCCUGCCCCGGUUGGCACUCCCGUGCAUACAAGCCCCCGCGUGCACAAAUCCGCGACGUCCAAUGGCACUACGAGUAACAAUUCCGAGCCCGUCGCCGGCGCCGCUUCUGCCGGCCCCAAGAAACCUGGGGAUGCUUUCGAGGAUCUCCUGGGUAGUCAGGGCUACAACUUCUUCAGCUCGCGGAAGGCCGAGAAGGACAGCCCCAAGACUAUAAACCAAAUGCGCAAGGUCGAGGCCGCCAAGACUAUGGAUCCCGAGAGGCUAAAAAUUGCCGAAUGGACCGAAGGGAAAAAGGGUAACCUCAGGGCUCUUCUUUGCUCUCUACACACGGUGCUGUGGCCGGAGGCCGACAGGUGGCAAAGAUACGAAAUGCAUCAGCUCGUGUCCGCUGCAGAUGUUAAAAAGGCGUAUCGCAAAGCCUGCCUAGCUGUUCACCCUGACAAGCAAGCGGGCACCGCGAACGAGAACAUUGCCAAACUGAUAUUUAUGGAGUUGAACAACGCUUGGAGCACAUUCGAGAACGAUGCCUCGCAGCAGAAUCUGUUCAGUUAAUUUCAAGAAAGGUUAAUCGUCCUCGGGGAUGGCGGCUUCCUCGAGGCGCGCCAUUUCUUCCCGGGUCGAGCUCACGUUCCGAAUAGCUGUACGACGAAUAAGAAGAAAAACACAAGUCAGUCUCUCUUCCUCCGUAAGGCAUUCCGCAGAAGUUAUCUCCGAUAGCCUCCUAGGGUUAACCGCGUGUCGCGCGAACAGGAUAGGGCUCAGUUGAGAUAGCGUCUUGCACGCAACUCGUUCGUUCAAAGCCCUGAUAAUUUAAUUCAAGAGUAAAUGGUAACUGUACUCUACGAGCACUAUGGCAUACAUUACAUAUGUAUAUAAAGCAAUGUAAAUUAAGCAGAUUUCAAAUAUAUACGCAGAUAUUUUCUCGGCGUAGGGGCGGUUCUCUCGGGCCCUCCCCCUCGAGGUUCCCUCUAGUGACGCGACGAGUCGAGUAUUUUGACUCGUUAAACUCGAGUCAACUCGAGUCAUUGUUAUUGUAACUAGAGUUAUUGGUACAAACUUAUGCGAGUUACGAGGGUAAGGGCGAGACCGAGUCACUCGUAUCGAGAUAUCAACCGCGCCUUAUUUGUUUAUUCGAGUAAUUAAUCAAAUCGUUUUACUCUCCAACUCGUCAUUGACUCGACUCGUCGCGCCGAAUGUAUGCGGAGUCGAGUCGUCGACUCGAGUUGGCAAUUUUCGAGUAAAUCGAGUCGAUGAACUGAACUCCAUUCGUUAUAUUGCUUGACUUGAGUUGUCCUUAGUCGAGUCGUUUUACUCAUCAACUCGCCAUUGACUCGACUCGUCGCGCCGCACGUACGCGGCAGCGAGUCAUCGAUUCGAGUUGGCAAUUUUCGAGUAAAUCGAGUCGAGUGAACUGAACUCCAUUCGUUAUGUCGCUUGACUUGAGUCACCGUUAAUCAAGUUGCUUUACUCGCCUACUCGCCGCGCCGAAUAUAUGCGGAAUCGAGUCAUCGACUCGAGUUGGCAAUGUUUAAGUAACUCGAGUCGAUGAACUACUCGACUUGUUAUGUCGCUUUCCUCGAGUCGUUUUACUCGCCAGCUUGCCAUUGACUCGACUCGUCGCGCCGAAUGUAUGCGGAAUCGAGUCAUCGACUCGAGUUGGCAAUGUUUGAGUAACUCGAGUCAAUGAACUGCUCGACUCGUUAUGUCGCUUGACACGAGCCGCCGUUAAUAGAGUCGUUUUAUUCACCAUUGACUCGACUCGUCGCGUCGAAUGUAUGCGGCAUCGAGUCGUCAAUGUUCCGAGCAACUCGAGUCAUUAUGUCGAGUAACUCGACAUAAUGACUCGUCGCCACUAAUCGAGGUAACUCGCCAACUCGCCGUGCCGAAUGUAUAUGGCACCCAGUUAUCGACUCGAGUCCAAACUCGAGUUGGCAUUGCUUUUGAAUUCGAGUAACUCGAGUUGGUAAAGUAAUCGACUCGUCGCAUCACUAGUUCCCUCCCUAAAUGAAUCAUGAAAUAUCCGAGGCCUCGAGGAUGUAAAUCGAAGGACUUUUCCAAAAACCUUGAUGCUGAGAAUCGGCCAUGCAGACGAUAAGAGUCACACGGUGCAUCGAGUAAUCGAUGCCACCUGGUUGACAAUUAUCUGCAGUGCCCUUCUCGUGUCGAGCUCUUCUUCGGUGCGCCAUUCUUCAGAAGUACCUCCGAUAGCCUUCUAAUAGCCUCCUAAUGGUGACCGUAUAUCGCGCGAGUAGAGCAAAGCAAAAUCGAGAGAGCAUCCCCCAACGCGCUCCUUGAACCUCCCUAAUAACUUAAUGAGUAAAUGGCAACUGUACCCUAUGAGCACUAUCUGGUAUAUAUUACAUAUGUAUAUAAAGCAAUGUAAAUUAAGCAGAUUCCAAAUAUAUACGCAGAUAUAUUCUCGGCGAAGGGACGGUCCUCUCGGAUAUCGCCAACGGCCCUCCCUCUCUCGAGGUUUCCUUCUUAAGUGGGCCGUGAAAUGUCCGAAGUUCCGAUUAUGGUCAUUGAAACGGUUCUUUCGGAGACUUUGCCAUUCAGAGCUCGUAAGGUGAAUUGUACGAAUCAUCCGCUGCAUUGAGCAAUUUAUCCGGCCUGGUUCACGGUUGUUCGAGAUGCACCAGACCUUCCCGAAUUUGGCUCGGGCUCCGAGUCAAUGUAAAGUGAAAAGAAAACGAUAUGGCGUCGCUCCUCUUCAUUCUUUAGAAAUUACCUCUAAUAGCCUCUUAGCGAUAACCGGGUGUAUCUCGUUUACGCAGCAGGAUUAAAUUGAGAGAGCCUCUCGCUAGUGUCGCGCUCGUCGGAUGCCGUACUAAUUUAAUUCAAGAGUAAAUGGUCAUUGUACUCUCCUAGUGCUAUAGCGUAUGAUACACAUGUAUAUACAGCAAUGUAAAUUAAGCAGAUUCCAAAUAUAUAUGCAGAUAUUUUCUCGGUGAA